AUGAGGCCCGUGCAGCGAACAUCUAGCAGGGAAGCCCGUGCCACAACGGAGAAGGAUCGAUGCGCGACGACGAUUAAACGUGUUAGCCCCGACAUUCCGGGGAAACAAACGCGUGUUACUGCCAGCCAGCGCACCGUACAAGAGCGAGUGCCGACAACAUCAGAAAAUCGACGUCCUACAGUGAAACGACAGCUAGAACUCGGAAUCCAUGGAAAUAGUGCACUCCGAUUACCGGAAAACAUCGAUUAUUGGGAGUAUAUCGAGUUCUUUCAUUUCUGCGGUACAUUCACGCGGUUGGCGUAA